UAUCCACAGCAACAACAAAAGCCAAGAUGUCUACCGCAGGAGAUGCAAAUACUCGAGAUGGAGAAGCUAGGCAGUAUCUUGAAGACCAUCGGGUACUGGAACUAUUCAACAACAUGACAUCACAGCUCAUAUAUAACAGACCAGAGGAACCCAAAAAGUUCAUGAUAGAUGUUUUAGAAAAGCUUCAGAAGUCCAAAAUGACAAGAUUGGACUAUCCCUGCCUGUUUGAUGAUUCCAACAUCCAGUCGGUCUUUGGCAUGCUAGACCCUACCAAUCGUGGAUGUGUUACAUUUCAGCAGUAUUCAGAAGCUCUGACGACACUUGGGGUGAAAAAUUUUGACCAAAAUCCUGAUGGACAUUCGGAGGAUAGGAUAACAUUUGACUCAUUUCUAAAAGAAGCACGGAAAGGACUAUCAGAAGCAUCAGCUACAUUUGCAGACAGUUAAACAUUGGACAAUUAUAAAAUCAUUGUAAAUAUUCACAGUGACGGAUCAUUGAGGACUGUUCAUUCACAUUUCUUAAUUGUAUGUUAUAGGUAUUAAAUGUAAUAUAUGUCAAAUUUG